AUGAAAUGGGUAAAAGAAGACUAUUUUUCUGCAUUAAGAAAUAAAUCAUUUGAGCAAUUCCGAAUUUCAACACAGACUCCACAUCAUCCAAUAUGUAACUGUUAUCAUACUGAUGAAUCAGAAUUCGAUCGUUAUCAGCGUCAAUCAAGUCCGCCUUUACCUACUCGAGUACCCGUCUUUCGGCCUGAGCCUAUAUUCCCCCAGAAUAAGCGACAGAACUCACCUCCCUUUUAUAAUCAACAAGACAACAAUCUUACUUUACCUUACCCAAAAAAAGACAAUCCUGCCAUUAUGCCAGCCUCCUCCUCCUCCUCUGCCAAUGCUAACAAUAACAACCACAACAACAACAAUAAUAAUAAUAAUAAUAAUAUUAGUAGUAGUAGUAGUAGUAAUAAUACUGCAAUUCCUGCCCCAUUACCAACACCUACCAGUGAUCCUUCUUCUAGAAUCUACCAAAAAACACCUGUACAACCCCCUCCAGCACCACCACAACAACAACAGCAACAACAACAGCAACAAGUAAAUACAGUGGUGCGUACAUACUAUGAAGUCGAUAGAGACAAUACAGGUGCGUAUAUCUUACCUGUAGAAAUUGACUCAUGGACCGUUGUUGAUCUUGGCACGGUCAUUUACGAACGACCGGCUUACCAUAAUCAACGUUACAUCUACCCUGCUAAUUAUACGGUUAGAAAAUGGUACAGAAGUAUGGUGGAUCCCAAAAGUGACACACAAUAUACAUGUCGCAUCUUGGAAAAUGGAAGGGAACCUAAAUUUGAAGUAACAGCUGAUGAUUGUCCAAUGACAUAUUCAGGACCUACGCCUACCACUGUUUGGACAAUUAUAGUUCGACGGGCUUUUGCUAUACGUAAUCAGGAAUACGGUCAUAAUCCAGUUGGACCCGACUUUUUCGGUUUACGUAAGAAUACCAUUGCUAAAAUGAUUCAAGAUUUACCCAAUGCAUCCAAAUGUUCUCAAUAUGUUUGGCAAACAUUUGAGCCUGCACGAUUUAAUAAGCCCGGAAGAAAUAGAAGGAGAGCAGACUCCACUUUACCUGGAUCUCUACUGGGCGGUGUCAAUUAUGGAUUAACAAGUAGUCGCUUAAUACAUAAUACAAACCUAUCUUCCACCCAGCAUGCCUAUAGAGCAAACAGUACCCCUUCAUCUCCUACCAAUGACCAUUGUACGACCAUUGUUGAAACUGCUUAA